AUGGCCGUCAAAGGUGCCACCGAGGCCCUCGUUGCGGCUUUCACUUUGUCAGUUCAUCCAUGUCGACUUGUUGUUGGAGUAGUGUUUGUUGGAUUCACUCGACCCCAAACCGAUUCUUUCUGCGUCGCUGCCUCUUCCGAACUUCCCAUUUCGAUCAUCGUUAUCUCCAUGGACGCCGCCAUUCUUCUUUGUCUCAUCUCACGCGCCUUGACCCAGAACACUCAGCUCAAUACCGAAUCUCAGGAUGCUAGGCGGAAGGCACUGUUUUGGGUCAUGGCUGGCCUGGCUGUUUGGAUCGCGACCAGCGUAACCUUGCAUCUUGGUUUCCGUUAUGUUGCCCUGGGGGUCAGAACUGCUCUGCCUGCCAUUGGCCUGGCCAUUUUAAUCACCAUUCUUACUCUCUGCUCUGGCAGCCUCGGGUCGGCUAGCAUACUGCGAUCCAAAUCUCCUGAAGCGCUCUCUCCUCGCCGUGUCGAAAUCAGCCGCGAUAUUUCCACGUCCAAUACCUACUUUCCCAGCGGUAACUACCAAGAUGUCAAGGACGCUGCCAUUAGGUCCGAGACAGCAUUCAUCAACCCUAGGGAGGCACCAUCGACGAAGAACCAACCUACUCAGGGACUCCCGACUAUUUCACUGCCCAUCACUGGAGUGGUUGGCAUGGGCGGAGUUCCCAUUGAAGGACAGCUGUUUCCGCCUAUCCGAGCAAAUACCGCCCCAACGAUCGCAAGAACCAGGUCGGUUAAGGCUGCUGUUGGUCUCCAUAAAAAGGGGGCUUCGGCAGGUGGGAGGUUGCAGAUCAGUAAUCCCGUUCUCCAGGACACCGGGAAAAGCCCGCUCGAUAAGAUUCCCACCGUGGAUUUGCAGGAAGCCAUGAGGGCAGAGCGGGAGCGAAGGGAGAAGUUGCUCAGGCAAACGAGCCAGGCCAAAAGGGAAAUGAAUACGCAGCCGCCGGUGAUGGAUCCCAGGGAGGACAUGAAGAGAGCUGCGAGUGUGAAGAGAAAGGAGGUUGGGUCACCAGUUUCGUCCGGUUCUUCCCUUCGCCCAGAAAAUAUGGGAAAGACUUCUUCAACAGAACUGUCGCCAGGAAUGAGUGGAAUCAGACAACGAUCGCCGCGCCAGUCGCCAGAACCAUCAGAGGCCUCGAGACAGUCCACUUUCCCUUCUCGAUCCGUGUCCCCUCCCAAGGAGGACUUCGAACAAGCACUACCGAAUCUCGAUAUCCGUCCUUCGAGACAAUUGCCUCCCUCGCCUCCCACGCCGCCACAGGAAAGGCCCUUGACCAUGCUUCAAAGGCGACCCACUACUGGCUUGCCAUCAAACCCCAAAGCUCGAGCAUUGAAGCUCGAACAGGAUGCACCCGGCGCAGAACGUCAGCAGACUGUUCUUUUCCUCAACAAUAUCAUCUUCGACGAGCCCGCCUUUGCACAUGACAUUCUGCUGGGUUCUGAUGAUAUGACCGUCAACAAACCUCGAUCUCCCGGGACCCCUGAAUCGGUCGUACACCGUCCUCGGCCCAUUCCGAGAAAGGUGGCUGAUCCUAAUCCUUUUGCCAUUCCGGGUGCCGGGCAUAGGAGGAGCAAAUCUAGCGGCUCGUUAGUGAAGAAGUCCAUGUAUAUGUCCGAAGAUGUGCCGCUGCCCCUCGCACCUCUGAAGAGUGCAGGUGCAGGAACUCGCCCGCAGCCGAAUCGGACGAGGAGCAUGACGGUCACCGAGAAAAUUGAGCGCAUGUACCCUGGUGAGAUGCCAAGUAAAAUGCCACCAGUUCCCGAGGUUCCUGCUGUUGCCAGUUCCUACCUUCAAUCUCCCUCUUCAGUGGAUUCCGACGAGGUGCGACAACCCAGCCAAUCAACGAAAAGUUCCACGACCAAGACCGUGAGUAGCACUACCAUCGUCGAGGAACCGACAAAGGCUACCGAAAGCAAGUACGAGACAGAUACGGCGGCGAAGCGGGCAUCAUCCCCAGUUAUUCCUGUUAAUUCACCACGAGAGUUGAUGAAUGAUGAGGAUUUGGAGUCACCAGAUGAGGCCGAUACACCCUGGAGCUCCGUCCGCUAUACUCAAGUCAGUGUUGGCCUUGCUGUAGCUCAACCUAUGCCUCGGCCGGUGGUAAAUCCCGUGCGUGAGGAGAGCGAAACCAGGAUUCAACCUGAGGAAGAACAGAAGCGCCCAGAAAUCAAUACUGCGGUCGAGAACAAACCUGCACCCAAGCACAGCUCUCCAGUGCAAGCUUGGCGGGUCGGUGACAAGUGCCCCGUGUUCUCUGACAGAAAGUCAAGAAUCAGGAUGCCACCUCCUUCGCCUCUGCCGUUGAACGGUCCACGCAGGAACAAGGUUAUGGUUCAGGCCGAGCCUUCGCCCCUUGAGUCUCCAGAACAUGCAUUCCGCCAAAUUCAGGAACAGCUCAAGAAGUUCGAAGAGCCCGUGACCGAGGCUUAUUCAAAGGACCACACUGAGCGCCUCGCCUUACUUGAGGAUUUGGAGAAGGAGAUGGGUAUCCACGAGAAUCACUGGCAGGAAUUGAAACAUGAUAUGGGUCGUGAUUCGUUGAGCAGCAUGCAGACCAACUCUCCAGGUAACAGGAACUCAAGAACCGAUUCAACUAUUGGAAGCAUCGUAAUCGGCCGCGGCUCGGCUGUUGGAGUCAUGGCUGCUGAGCGCAGAGCUUCUCGUCAGACCAUGUUGCGUAACAGUGGCAGCUACAAUCCCAACAGGCUCUCGAGGGAUGCUGUCAAGUCACACAUGAGCAUCUGGCAGAAGCGGAUGACGGAGGCGCACAUUGACUACAUAGAGACGGCCGCAGAGAGACUUCGUCAACCAAGCGACAACUUCUUGCCUUUGCCGAUGCCUAAUGUCCAGCUUGGUAGCCCCACUCCUCCUGAUUCUGAUGCCUCUGAUGAGGAAGUUUCGGUUCUGUCAGCGCAACUGGAUGCUGUAUCGAAUUGGCUGUCCAAGAAGGCUGUGAAAACUGCGUCUCUGUGGGCUCCUGGAUCGAGACAGUCUACUGUCGCUGCAAACCUUUUAUGGACGCCCGUGCCUAAGGCUUCACCUACGUCCACGGUCGCGUCUCUGGAGAUUGAGACCUUUGUCCGGCCCGCAGCUCGUAAGGACCUGCCACCCCUUGAAAUUACCAGCACGCAGUUGUGGUCCAAGCCAGCGGUGAAUGUGAACAAGGUCCCUUCACUCUGGACGCCCCCUGCACCUACGGAGGUUUCAGAGACAACUGCACUGUGGGUGCACAUUCCCAAGGUUGCCGAACAGUGUAUGACGCCCCUACCAGAGGCCGAUACAUUUGUCCGCCCUGCGACGCGGAAGGUUCUGGCUCCCCUUGAGAUCACGAGCACUCAGCUGUGGGCGAAGGCUGAACCUGAAGAGAGGCCUUCACUCUGGACCCCGCCACCCAAGGCUUCUACCAACAAGACGAACCUUUUGUGGUCGCCCCCUCUCAAGGUUCUCGAGGCCCCUUCACUGGCACUUGAUCUGCCCUAUAUAUUUACCCGCCCUGCGGCUCGAAAAGAUCUUUCUCCGCUCCAAAUCUCUUCCAAGCACCUCUGGCGAAAACCAUACACCAGCACCAAGGACACCACCGGACUUUGGCGACCUUCCUGGGCUUCUGUCGCCCCUCCUGCUGACUUCAAGCGUCUCUCUUUGCAAGAAACUCCCCAACCCCGACCUCAAAAGGCUCCGCGACCCGUAACUCAACGACCUCCUCGUCGCAACAAGCGUGUCAGCGCUCUUCCCGACAUCCUCGAAAAUCCCGAGCCUCUCCCUGACAAGCGCGGCACCCUUGGUAUCUUCCAGUUCCCCUGGGGCGAAAGGUCCGACACUGCGACCAUCCCUCUACCGCGUCCAUUCGGUCGCUCCAUGCCCGGCACCAUGAGCUCCGGCAUCCCUCCCUUUAGGGCGUCGUACACUCCCGACUACUCGACCUCUUUCUUCAACGAAUAUGAUGAGGAAGACCCCGAGUCCGACUACGAGCGUCAGGAAAGCGACGAUGAAGAAGAUGACGACUUUGACGAGACGACUCUCUGGGAAAUCGCCAGCCUCCUCAACUCGGACGCUGUCCCCUCGAGGAACAGCCUCUUCCUUUCUGCCACUCCUGUUUACAACGUCGAUGAGUACUACGGCAGCGGCAGCAGCAGCAGCCAUCUAGAGCCAUCCGCCUCUACGUCGGCUACCGACAUUGACGAUGAUGAUGAUGAUGCUUCCAGCGAGCACUCAAUCCUGAUCGGCCUCGCCGAGGAUUCCCAGGAUGACAAAGAACAUGUUGCUGAGCAAUAUGACGACCAAGGAUUUUUGGUGCACGACAUUGCUCUCCGUUCCACUCCUUCAAUCCUGGGGCAGGGAUCCCAGGACGUCGUGGCUACUCGCGCCGCACUGAUCGAUGACUUCGAUGCUGCCUACUUCCCUCCUUCAAUGGCUACCAGUGCCGCAUUGAUCGAUGACUCGGCGCCCGCACCGGCUCCGCCCCGAGUGGAGACUAGCGAGAACCAAGCCGUGGAGCCGCGCCUGCAAAUCUCGACCGGCCUAUGGAGCCGCCCUGAAUCAUCCGAAAAUAAGACUUUGUCUUCACCUCACUCGGUAGCAACAACAGGUCUCUUUGUCCCGGGCCGUAAGUCGACAUCCGACACCCGCACCACCGAGCAGGAGCCGGCUGCCAUCAACAUGCAUCGCACACCCCGGACUUCGGCUGCCGAAUCAUGGAGGCCGUUGGAUAGGCUCAUGUCCGACAGCCUCUGGACGCCCGAAACUGCAGCCGCUAAGGGCGUUAGCAGGCAGGUGUACCAACAUUGGAUCACUCUGAGCUUGGCCGCUAAGGCUCAGCUCGAUAAGGCUGAGACCGCUCCUUCAGCCGCUCGUCUGCCUCGCCUUCAGGCUACCCCCGAAGAAUGGGAGGCCGCUCUCAAGGAGGCUCUCAUCGCCAGUAGUUACCCCAUCAAUGUCAAGUGCCGCACUGAGACCGGCCGCAUCACCGCCACCCCUGCCGACUGGGCAGCUGCCCUUGAGGAGGCCAUCCAGGCUUCCAUUAUCAAGUCUGUCGCCCCUGUCUUCAACUCGGCCGUCCGUCACCCCGUCUUUGCUGGCUCUUCCCUCAUCACCACCUCUGAGUGGUUCCACCCCGCCGCCAUUGGCUACACCUACGACGUCGCCCGUGUCCACCCCGCCUUCUUUGGCUCUCUCGCCAUCACCUGCCCCGAAGAGUCCGUCCACCCGGCCAUGUCCGCCUACGCUCACAAGAAGCUUCGCCGUCAUCAGCGCUCGGGCUCGUCUGCUUCCAGGUCUCACUCCCGCAAGAACAGCCGCAGCCACUCCAGCAGCAGCGGCAAGAAGCGCAGGGAGUCCAUCCUUGCUCAGAUCCAUGCCAUCGAGGCGGAGAUGGGUUUGAGUCCUGAGAAAUCAGCCGUCGUGCCUGACGUUCCAGAGGUCCCGUCACUCGACGAAAUCGAAGCCUCUCGCAAGGCCAAGAUACAAGCCCAGAUCGAGGCUCUCGAGCAAGAGAAGUUGUUCGCUGCCCAAACCGCCCAGGAGAACCUCGCGACUAGGCGCCGCGGUAGCUCCAGCGUGUCUCAUGCCACCACAGCCAGCGGCACCACCGCCAACUCGGAAGACGACGGUCCCGCUUCCAUGGACUCCUUCCGUCCCUCCACGGCCACUAGCGUUGACUUGGAGCAUGAUCAGGAGGAAGAAAAGAAGCCUGCCAUGCAAAACUUCCUCUGGACUGCCCCCUCUCCCCUUCCCCAACCUACCCCCAGCCCCAUCCCGGCCCUCUGGACUCCCCUCCCCUCCCCUGCUUCCUCCUUCUCGUCGUACGAGGAAGCCUUGCCCAGCCCUAAGCUCCUUUGGCAACCCAAGCCCGGCAAACCCGAAAUCAUCGCUAAGACCGAUGAGGAUCGCGAGGCGCAUGAGCGCAGGGCUAUGGGACGCAAGGGUCUUUUGACCCAGCAGAGGAAGGCGGAGGUUUUGGAGCAGAUUUCUGGUGUCACAGGACUUUGGGAGAAGUCCGAGGUGGUGGUCAAGGUUAAGAGGGACUGGUCGGCCCCGUACGUGAGUGCUGAGCUGUCAUCACCUUAGUGCUGUGAUGGCUGUGAUGGCUGCGUGAUGAUUGGGG